GGAAUUGCAAGGUUAGGUGCACUGCUGAUAGGCAAAAUCACUUGGAAAUGGUAAACAUGAUUUUUUCCCGCUACGCUUCUCUUCCCUCAGGCUUUGAUACAAGCGACAGACACGGAGAGACCAAAAGGGCGAUUUUAUACUCCGUAUAGAGCGCAUAGAAAGGGGGGGGGAAAUGGGAAUUGCGUGAUUCGAGCUGGAUUACUCAUAGUGCGUCUUUUUCAAUCGGCGACUUGACUUAUACUCCGAGGCAAAAAAAACUUUUCUUUUCAAAUAAAAAGAGGCACCAGGGGACAAUUACCAUAAAAAAAUUUUUUCUUUACAGAGUGGAACCUCUUUUAGAAUAGACAUGACCUUUACAGGCAAGACCCUUAUGCUGUCCUCCUCCUUCAGAACGCUCGUGCGUUCUCGCUCGUUUUCGACCACCGGUGCAUCAAGGCUUUAUAUCCAGAACAACCUGAACAAUGACCAAACCCAUCCUUCGCUGCAAGCUGCUUCGAAUGGUGCCAAAGUCUAUGAUUUCCGCAGCGAUACGGUCACUAGCCCCACAGACGAGAUGUUUGAUAUCAUGAAGGCUGCUUCUCGUGGUGACGAUGUGUUUCAGGAGGACCGCAGUGUCAAGGAGCUCGAAGAAUACGUGGCCGACCUGUGUGGUCAUGAAGCCGCACUGUUCUGCGCCUCGGGAACCAUGACCAAUCAGCUUGGCUUGCGUACCCAUCUGUCCAACCCUCCCCACUCGGUCGUGUGCGAUGCUCGGUCCCAUGUGUUCCUCUGGGAAGCAGGUGGUAUUGCCUUCCACUCCCGAGCAUCUGUGAGCCCGGUCAUUUGCCGCAACGGUAUCCAUGUCACUGCCGAUGAAAUCGAGGGCAACCUGAUUGAAGCCGAUAUCCACACCGCACCCACCCGUGUCGUGUCUCUGGAAAACACAUUGAGCGGUAUGGUCAUGCCCAUCGAUGAGAUCCGCAAAAUUUCCGAGCUUGCUCGAAGCCGCGGUCUUGCCAUGCACUUGGAUGGUGCUCGGCUCUGGAACGCCCAUGUCCAGUCGGGCACACCCUUGAGCGACUAUGGUGCUCAAUUCGAUUCCAUGUCCUUGUGCUUAUCCAAGGGCGUCGGUGCUCCUGUUGGCUCCAUCUUGGUCGGUAACCGUCCGUUUGUCGAACGUGCCCGCCAUUUGCGUAAACUCUUCGGUGGUGGUUGGCGCCAGGUCGGUCCUCUGGCCGCCGUGGCAAAGCAUUGCAUCGAAACGGUCGUACCCACCAUGCCAGAAACACACGCAUUGGCCAGAUAUUUGGCGGAUGAGCUGACAGCCAUGGGUGUCCAGUUGCAAGUGCCAGUACAUACAAACAUGGUGUUGAUUGAUACUGCGCCCGUUGGUUUGGAUGUUCAGAACGAUUUGGUGCCGGCUUUGUUGUCCAAGAAUAUCGUGAUCGGUGGUCAGCGCAACAAGUCUCGUAUUGUACUCCAUCAUCAGGUUGACCGCAAGGGCGUGGAUACAUUGAUUCAAGGUGUACGAGAAGCCAUCGAAGCACGGCGCGUUGCUGAGCAGCCUACUCAACAAGCAGCAGCCUCUUCCUCUACUUUGUAGAUAUAACAACGUCUUUUUUAUAACACAUCACACUCAUUCUUCUUCACAUCUCCCUUCUCCAGCAAACAUCCUCUUGUGCAUAGAUUCCCUCACUCUUCCUCCACCUCUACUACCUCUUGUACUAUCCAUAUUAUCAUUUUUAAAAUUGAACCGGUAUAUUUUACAAACAUUUU